AUGACGAAAGCCACAGAAGCAGGAUUGACUUUGUUUGCCUUAUUGGCAGUCUACUUUGCGUUGUACACCCAGGUGAUACCAUCCCCCCAGAAGUUCCAGCAGGAGAUAUUGCCAUUCUUGCCCUGGUGGGCCCUAGUUGCGUUUGGUUCGUAUGCUUUGUUCACGUUGGGGUGGGGCAUCAUCACGUUCAAGACUAAGAAGGACAAGUACGAGGAAUUAAAGGUUCAGAUUGAAGAGGCUAAGCAGUUUUACAGAUCCAAAGGUAUCGAACUUGAUUAA